UCCUCUGAUCUCAUAGUAUGAUCGCUAAUGCAUACUAAACAGAUAAUCUACGUGACGCUCCAAAGUGCACUGGUAAUGAUCAGCGUGUUGUGGGUUUGCAGAUGGGGAGGCGGAUUAUUCCUUCCCUCCCGCUACCUCUCUGACACUGGAAGAUGCCCUCGCCUUCCCGACCCGGCGCCACUCUAAAAGCCACGACUGAGCAAAGCCUCACGCUGCCGGGCUCUUGGUCGCUCACGCGGAAGGUGUGAACUGAACUGAACCCCGUCCCGGGGCGGAAUGAUGUGCCCUUCACCACAAACGGGGGAAAUGGACCGGCACUGGGAUAGAAAUCGGUCGGAGAGAGACAAGAUUCGCCAGAUCCUUGCAGGAUCAGUGUGAGACCCGACUCAUAAACGGGGCAGUUGGCGCCAGCAGACGGACUAAGCAGGUACCGAUUAAACUUGUGCAAUAGGAUCUGUCAGACAUGGCUACAGUUAGCACACAGCGGUCGUAUCUGCCCCUUCACAGACUCUCGGUCAGAAACAACGAUGAAGAUCUGGAAAGGAUAGAAAAUGGCAGCAGCAGGACCCACUCGUCGUGUGAAGACUCGUCUUCUGAGCUUCAGGCAGUGACAUCUGCAGAACCUAAAGACCAGCAUGAAUCCCGGCGGAGUUCUUUCACAGGCAAUGGAGCUUUUGCCAGGUUAACUAAUUUCAUCAUUGUGCUGAGGAACUGGGCCACUCAGCAAAUCCACGACGAAGACCAAAGACCAGAUUCAUUCUUGGAGCGCUUUCGGGGACCAGAGAUAAAGGAUGUAUCAAGCCAGGAGAGUAACACGCAGUCUGCUGCAGGCGAUCCUGAGCACCAAGGCAGGAGCAAGAAGAAGAAAGACAUAUACAUUAUUGAUCCUGCAGAAAAUCUUUACUAUCGAUGGCUGUCCAUUAUCGCAAUACCUGUGAUGUACAACUGGUGUAUGCUUGUGUGCAGAGCUUGUUUUGAAGAACUUCAAACAAAAAACCUUGCUUUAUGGUUAGUGUUGGAUUAUGUAUCAGAUGCGAUCUACAUCAUGGAUUCAAUUGUAAGGUUUCGAACAGGUUUUCUUGAACAAGGAUUGCUGGUCAAAGAUGCAAAGAAAUUAAGAGAUAAUUACAUGAAGAUGCAUCAGUUUAAGUUGGAUACCCUCUCCCUUUUACCAACAGAUUUAGCGUACCUUAUGUUGGGACUGAAUUACCCUGAGGUGCGAUUUAAUCGUCUGUUCCGCUUCAGUCGAAUGUUCGAAUUCUUCGAUCGUACAGAAACCAGAACAAACUACCCUAACAUAUUUCGAAUUGGAAAUCUUGUUUUGUAUAUCCUCAUCAUUAUCCACUGGAAUGGCUGCAUUUAUUAUGCAAUCUCCAAAUCAAUUGGGUUUGGUGUUGACACUUGGGUCUAUCCAAAUAUAUCCCACCCUGAAUAUGGACGACUUAGCAGAAAAUACAUCUAUUGCCUUUACUGGUCCACCUUGACCUUGACCACCAUUGGAGAAACCCCUCCUCCAGUAAAGGAUGUGGAAUUUCUGUUUGUGGUCAUUGACUUCCUGGUGGGAGUCCUUAUCUUUGCAACCAUUGUUGGUAAUGUGGGCUCCAUGAUCUCCAACAUGAAUGCCUCUCGGGCUGAGUUCCAAUCCAAAAUUGACGCCAUCAAACAGUACAUGCAGUUCCGUAAAGUGAGCAAAGACCUGGAGGUCAGGAUCAUUAAGUGGUUUGACUACCUGUGGAUCAACAAGAAGAGUAUAAAUGAGAAGGAAGUCCUCAAGAGCCUACCCGACAAACUAAAGGCUGAAAUUGCCAUCAAUGUCCACUUGGACACACUAAAGAAAGUCCGCAUUUUUGCCGAUUGCGAAGCUGGCCUCUUAAUCGAGCUGGUGCUAAAGCUGCAACCUCAGGUGUACAGCCCUGGAGACUACAUCUGCCGCAAGGGAGACAUUGGCAGAGAAAUGUAUAUCAUCAAAGAGGGCAAACUGGCGGUGGUGGCUGAUGAUGGAGUAACACAAUUUGUGGUCUUGAGUGAUGGCAGCUACUUUGGGGAAAUCAGCAUCUUAAACAUAAAGGGCAGUAAAGCUGGCAACAGGCGAACAGCCAACAUUAGAAGUAUCGGCUAUUCUGAUCUCUUCUGCCUCUCCAAGGUUGAUCUGAUGGAAGCCCUGACUGAAUAUCCGGAUGCCAAGAAGAUUCUGGAAGAAAAGGGACGCCAGAUUCUGAUGAAGGAUAAUUUAAUAGACGAAGAAGCAGCAAAAGAGGGGGCGGACCCGAAGGACCUGGAAGAGAAAGUGGAAAGAAUGGAGUCCUCCCUGGACACUUUGCAAACCAAGUUUGCCAGGCUCAUGGCAGAGUACAAAUCCACACAGCUCAAACUGAAGCAAAGGAUCACCAAGGUGGAAAAUAAAGUAAAGAACUUUGGCAGUGGAUACCUGUCCGAUGGCUUUGAUAGUGCAACUGAUACCGAAGGAGGAAAAUGAUCGUGACAGCCUGGAGAACAUUCUUCGUUUUUCUUACCAUUUUGAUACUAGGAUUUACUGCUACGAAAAUAAAUUAUUUUUUUACGAAUCUAUAUAGGUAUAGUGUACACCAAAAAUAUCAGUUAGUAUUUAACGCAGAUCUACAAUUAAACUAUACAAACUAAAAUAUGACACAAUUUUCACACUAGCACCAAUCAUAGUUAGAUUUAAAUACCUGUUAUGUCAGAGGGAUUUAAAAUGGAGAGAGGAAGGAGAGAAAGAGGAAUUAUAAUAUGUCAAUCAACACUGUGAAAUAAAGACAGAAGCAAAGUACACCAAAUUAAUGUUUUGACACCUGUGCUGUUGAAGUUUUUGUAUUGGGGUUGCCUUGUUAUUAUGUGGAAUUUAAAUGUUAAAUACACUAAACGUACUUAUUACCCAUUACACCACUGCUGUUUAGUAUAGCAAUGUAGGUCCUGCAUCUCUGGCGGUGUUCAGGGCUUCCUUUACCAUGUCAGUAGCUCCCUCUCGGUUUUCACUACUUUCACUCAUGCAAGUCCCGGGUGGAGACUCAGGAAUACCAUUGCACUCAGACGUAGAAGAAUUCUUUAUUGCUGAUUGUUUUACUAGUCAGGGUUGUUAGCCCUGAGCUGAACCCCUGAAUCUGGACAAUUGGUGAACCUUAGUCGGGCCCUGAGCCUUUGAUCUGUUUAGCAUGGUUGACCCCAACUGAAGCCAAAACACAAGGCCCUUCCUCCAGCCAACAUGGCUCUCUGGGUCAUUGAGGCACACAAGCCUCUCAACCCAGUUUGAAGCUUGUGGUCCUUUUGGAGGUAUACCACUAAGCCUCAGCACAAAAUAGGCCUGUUGAAACAGUUUCCACCUUUUAAAAGGUUGUGAAUGCCUCCCUACUGAACCUCAGCACAAAUUAGGCCUGUUGAAAGUGUGUCCGGCUUUUAAAAGGAUAUGAAUGCCUCCCUUUAAAUUUAAGGUGGGUGUGACUAAUGAAUGACAUGAUAGCUUCUGUGGCUGUGUGUUAAACACUGCAAGGCUGUGGUAAACCAUGUAUAUAUGUUGUAACUCGGUUACCUGUCUGGACACACCCCUCUGCUGACUGCCCCUGUGGCUCCUCCCACAGAGUCCUGUAUAAAGGUGUUCGCCUUGCCCCUCCCCCUCAGUCCGGGGGCAGACACUCACUGUGGAGGUCGUAUUCUACAGCGAAUAAAAGCCUUUCAGUAUUUUACCAAACCUCAGUCUUUUGGAGUAAUUGAAGGUGCUUCAAAGGCAGCAUAAACAAAUACAAUUGCUUAUCAAUUAUUGUCAUUUAAUUUCUCUGAACAUCACCCAUUACUAUCAUGUAAAAGAGAACAAUGCAACAAAUCACGGCAGUGUAAACCAGUUGCUUGUUCUCUUAUGUUUGCUGAAUUAUGCCUUUUAACAAAUCUCAAUGUAAUAAACUAAUAAAUAUGGCUAGAAGGAGCUGGUUAAUCACAGCUCCAACUGUGGGAUUGAUCCCCCGGGAAAGAAGUUCAGUGCGUUAAAGGUAGUCCAGGAAGUAGCUGAAAGAUGAACUAGCUGGGUCUGUGCAAUUCGUUGCUUCAUACUAAGUAAAAAUGAAAAUAAAUUGCUAUGAUUUGGGAUCAAUAUCUUGAGAAAUGGUUCACCCAGGUAUUAUUUAAGAGCCUGGGCAUUGUCAGAUAUGAAGAUUUUCUCUCACUCUUUUUAUGUAUUGGUAAAAUGAAAUCAUUCUAAUGUAUUUAUUAUCCAAAGAAUAUCAAUAAUUUUUGUGAUUAAAAAGUGAUCUUAGAUUUUCAUUUUAAAUUACACAUUUUG